UGCCCCCACCUAGCCUCCUUUCCCCGCACAGCAUAUUGAAACAGAGUCGCUAUUGUUCACCGCGGAGCAGCCUGUGUGUUUUAUACAGUCGCAGAGACAGAGGAACAAGGAAGACAUCGCGCCACACGGUCGUCACCUACCUGUUGAAUAUUACCUACUGUUUAAUGAUCAAGUCAGGUGUUGGGUUGACAAGUUACUCACUGUCGAAGAACAAAGUCGAACCUGGGGAUAAAGGAUAGUCAGUCGAGUUUAGUCGAGGUAAAGGCGGAAGGAAGGACGAUUUGUGAAAGAGGUAGCCACUCAAAUGUUCUAGCCGGACAGACAGACCACCGGAUUUAUCAACCGACCAAAAACAGAUUUAUUGACGACACCACACGAUGCCUUUAGGACUGAGACGAAAGAAGAACAAGUCGAGGGAGAGCUCGAACCUGGUGGAGAAUGAGGAGGUCGGUGGACACACCGGUGGGCGCUCCGUGAAGUCGACGGUAAACGGAGCGGGGCUCCCACCACCACCUGCUAACCUGCGGCCCAAACUAGUGUUCCACACUCAGCUAGCCCACGGCAGCCCCACGGGAAGGAUCGAUGGGUUUAAUAACGUCAAAGAACUCUACGGGAAAAUAGCUGAGACGUUCAAUUUAAGUCAACCAGAGAUCCUGUUCUGUACAUUGAACACCCAUAAGAUCGACAUGGAGAAGCUGCUUGGUGGUCAGAUCGGCCUGGAGGACUUUAUAUUCGCCCACAUUAAGGCGAUUAAGAAGGAGGUGGAGGUGUUUAAGUCCGAGGACGCCCUGGGACUCACCAUCACAGAUAACGGGGCGGGAUACGCCUUCAUCAAGCGUAUCAAGGAGGGCAGUGUUGUGGACAAGGUGAAGGGGAUCUCUGUAGGAGACCACAUAGAGUGCAUCAACGGGAAGAACAUAGUGGGAACACGUCACUACGAGGUGGCUCGCAUGCUGAAGGAGCUGCCGAAGGAGCAGAAGUUCACCCUCAAACUGGUGGAGCCCAUGAAGGCCUUCGAGAUGCUGGAGCCGAGGUCGAAGGGAGUCAAGCCGGCCAGUGACAAUAAGAUGGGGACAGGGAGAGGGACUCUGAGACUUCGCUCCAGGGGCCCUGCUACCGUAGAGGAAGUGCCGACAGAGUUUGAUGAGAGAGCAGUGCAGAAGGUGGAUGACCUACUGGAGACUUACAUGGGUAUCAGAGAUACAGAACUGGCGGCGACCAUGGUAGAGGUGGGUCGGGACAAGAAGAACCCUGAUGAGUUUGCCAUGGCCCUGGACGAGGCCCUCGGAGACUUCGCUUUUCCUGACGAGUUUGUGUUCGACGUCUGGGGCGCUAUCGGAGACGCCAAACAGGGACACUUUUAACGUUUUAACUUUCCCCUGAUUCCCUAGCCUGGUCCCAGAUCUGUUUACAGUUGGCAAGACCUCACAAACAGAUCUGGGACCAGGCUACCAAUCCCCCUGAGUUCCACAUCUCCACAUCUUCAUCCAGCCAUCUGGACAAACACCAGCCAGUAGAGAAAGAGGGUAGAGUGGAUUUAGUUAAAUUUUUUUAAUGGCUCUGUUUUGUAGGGUUAACAGUGUUGCACCCUAAAAAGACAGAAUCACUUCAGUCAUGUCCCACUCAACCUAGUUUUCUGCUUGUGUCCCAAAUGGCACCCCCCAUAUUCCCUUUAUAGUGCACUACCCAUAGGGCCCUGGCCAAACGUAGUGCACUAUAUAGGGAUUAGGGUGCUAUUUGGGAUAUACAUUUUAUGUCCUUUUUCCACAGGUUACAAAAGGUUUCUGAUGUCUGAAUCACCGCUAUAGCACUUGUCUUUAAUGACUGGUGAACUGACAUUGAGGAUCACAUACAGUAGACUACUGUAUAUCAGGGCUUUAAUGACUGUAUAUCAGGGCUUUAAGGACUGUAUAUCAGGGCUUUAAUGACUGUAUAUCAGGGCUUUAAUGACUGUAUAUCAGGGCUUUAAUGACUGUAUAUCAGGGCUUUAAGGACUGUAUAUCAGGGCUUUAAUGACUGUAUAUCAGGGCUUUAAGGACUGUAUAUCAGGGCUUUAAGGACUGUAUAUCAGGGCUUUAAGGACUGUAUAUCAGGGCUUUAAGGACUGUAUAUCAGGGCUUUAAUGACUGUAUAUCAGGGCUUUAAUGGCUUUUUAGAAUAGUUAUUAAAAAUGUUGCUGUGGAAUCUGAACAGCAACGAUGUAGUUAUAGUGAUGUAUUAAAUAGCAAUACUGUUAAAGCCCCCCCACCCCCUCUACUCCAUCAGUAAUGCUGUUAAAGACCUCCCCACCCCCGCUACUCCAUCACUAAUGCUGUUAAAGACCCCCCACCCCCUCUACUCCAUCGAUAAUGCUGUUAAAUACCCCCCCACCCCCUCUACUCCAUCGAUAAUGCUGUUAAAGACCCCCCACCCCCUCUACUCCAUUGAUAAUGCUGUUAAAUACCCCCCCACCCCCUCUACUCCAUCGAUAAUGCUGUUAUUCUACACAGCAUUGAGGAUAUUAUGUGUUAAAAACAAGCAUCACUAAUGAUGUUAAAGACCCCCCCACCCUCCUCUACUCCAUCACUAAUGAUGUUAAAGACCUCCCCACCCCCGCUACUCCAUCACUAAUGCUUUUAAAGACCCCCCACCCCCGCUACUCCAUCGAUAAUGCUUUUAAAGACCCCCCACCUCACCCUCCUCUACUCCAUUGAUAAUGCUUUUAAAGACCCCCCACCUCACCCUCCUCUACUCCAUUGAUAAUGCUUUUAAAGACCCCCCCACCCCACUACUCCAUCGAUAAUGCUGUUAAAGACCCCCCCACCCUCCUCUACUCCAUCACUAAUGCUAUUAAAGACCCCUCCACCCCCUCUACUCCAUUGAUAAUGCUGUUAAAGCCCCCCCACCCCACUACUCCAUCGAUAAUGCUGUUAAAGACCCCCCCACCCUCCUCUACUCCAUCGAUAAUGCUGUUAAAGCCCCCCCACCCUCCUAUACUACAUCGAUAAUGCUGUUAAAGACCCCCCACCCCCUCUACUCCAUCAAUAAUGCUUUUAAAGACCCCCCCACCCACUACUCCAUCGAUAAUGCUGUUAAAGACCCCCCCACCCUCCUCUACUCCAUCGAUAAUGCUGUUAAAGACCCCCCCACCCUCCUCUACUCCAUCACUAAUGCUGUUAAAGACCCCUCCACCCCCUCUACUCCAUCGAUAAUGCUGUUAAAGACCCCCCACCCCCUCUACUCCAUCGAUAAUGCUGUUAAAGACCCCCCCCACCCUCCUCUACUCCAUCACUAAUGCUGUUAAAGACCCCCCACCCCCUCUACUCCAUCGAUAAUGCUGUUAAAUACCCCCCCACCCCCUCUACUCCAUCGAUAAUGCUGUUAAAGACCCCCCACCCCCUCUACUCCAUUGAUAAUGCUGUUAAAUACCCCCCCACCCCCUCUACUCCAUCGAUAAUGCUGUUAUUCUACACAGCAUUGAGGAUAUUAUGUGUUAAAAACAAGCCUGGGCUUUGGACCAUAAGACUAUGCCUGUGACUGACAUAGUGACUGAUAUAGGGACUGAUAGUGACUGAUAUAAUGUGAUAUAAUGUCUGAUAUAGUGACUGAUAUAAUGACUGAUAUAGUGACUGAUAUAGUAGUGACUGAUAUAGUGACUGAUAUAAUGGCUGAUAUAAUGAAUGAUAUAGUGACUGAUAUAGUAGUGACGAUAUAGUGACUGAUAUAAUGGCUGAUAUAAUGUCUGAUAUAGUGACUGAUAUAGUAGUGACGAUAUAGUGACUGAUAUAAUGGCUGAUAUAAUGUCUGAUAUAGUGACUGAUAUAGUAGUGACUGAUAUAGUGACUGAUAUAGUAGUGACUGAUAUAAUGACUGA